UCAAGCCAACUCCUAACUAAUAAAAUCUGUACUGCAGCUGUUAGAUUUGUUGACAUUUUAUUUGGAUCCGUAAUCUAGGAUUUAACAUCAAAAAAAUGAAUAGUCCAUCAAAAAAUUUAGACCAAGCAAAUCAAAGUAUUAGAGAAGCUGAAAAAUUUUUGAAGACUUCAUUUUUAAAAUGGAAGCCUGACUAUGACAAUGCAGCUAGUGAAUAUGUAAAAGCUGCUACCCAUUUCAAAUCUGGCAAGCUUUAUACUGAAAGCAGAGAUAGUUUUAUGAAAGCUGCUGACUGUUAUGCUAAAAAUAACUCUUUCUUCUCAGCUGCAAAGAACUAUGAGCAGGCAGCUUUGAUCUCUAAAUGUAUGGAGGAUUACAAGACUGCUAUUGACUUGAUUCAUCGAGCAUGUCAACUAUUUAGAGAGCAUGGUACACCCGAUACUGCAGCUUUAACAUUGGACAGGGGAGCAAAAAUGGUUGAAAGUAAAAACCCUGAAGUAGCUUUACAACUUUAUAUAAAAGCCGCAGAUGUAGUUAUGAUAGAAGAUCGGCCCACACAAGCUUCAGAAUUUGUUGGGAAAGCUGCUAGGAUUUUGGUCAAGCUUAGAAGGUUUGAUGAUGCAGCAGACAUGGUUAAGAAAGAAAUGGAAUAUCAUCUACAAACUAAUAAUACAAGAGCUGCUGGGCGGCUUGUAGUAGCACAGGUUUUGAUUCAUUUAAUGAGAGAGGAUUAUGUUGCUGCUGAUAAAGCUUUCAAAGAAGGCUGCAAUUAUUGUGAGAGAGAUGAAUGCGGCACUCUUUUGGAUAUAUUAGAAGGCUUUGACCAAGGUGACGCUGAACAGCUCAACAGGGGACUUAACAGCCCAUUUAUAAAGCACAUGGAUGUAGAGUUCGCUAGACUCGCUAGAAGCCUGUUAGCUGAAACUGAAGAGUCUGAAAAGGUUGCUAAAAAGAAAACUGCUAAUUCCUCUAAUGCUCAAGGGCAAGAUGAAGAGGAUGAAUAUGCAGAAGGGCUGCUCUAAUCAUUCCACUAGAUUUCCCUCAACUGUAUAUACUUGUAAAUCAAAAGCCUAAUUCUCAUUGUAGGCAUAAUGUUAUCAUUGUGAUAUUUAUUUCGUAAUUUAUCUUGUUAAUUUGUAUAUUACAACUGAGAUUAAUUUAUACUUAGUCAUGAAAUCAUUAAAUAUGUGUGUACCUA